AUGAUUGAUGACCGACUGAACUUCAAUACCCAAGUCGACUAUGCCUGUGAGAAGGCAGCCAAAGCUAUAUACGUUUUAGGCAGAAUCAUACCGAAUAACGCCGGGCCAAGCAGUAGCAAGAGACGUCCUCUGGCUAGUGUAUCAUCAUCGAUAGUGAUGUACGGAGGCCCGGUGUGGGUGGCGGCGCUGAAAACACAGCGAAAUCGAGUAAAGCUAAGUAAUACGUUCAGGUUCGUGGCCAAGUGGAGCGCAAGCACGUACAGGACUAUCUCACCAGAGGAAGUCUGCGUUAUUGCUGGAAUGAUCCCUAUCAGCUUCAUCCUAGUGUAA